CAGCAGAUAAAUGGCACACGGGGUAUAUGCCAAUCAAACCAGACUGACCUCCACCAUAUCUACUAAUGUAUAUAUGUUCUUAGUUUCGAGUUACUCUUUUCUGAUUGUACAUGAAGUUUAUAAUUGUACCUAGGUUAUUGUAUUGUACUUAAUGAGAAACAUGUAACUAUGGCGUCCGCGAAAUGUACAGGCCAAACGACUGGUUGAAACAAAUAUGUGAAGGUAAGCGGCAGUGGUGUCAAUGAUUUGCAACAUUUACACGUGAUGGUUUACAAUGAUGUAGAAUUGUUUGCUCUGGUAAUGCUGUAGUUCUCAUCUGUGAUGCCAGUAGAAGAGCCACCCCCCUCUUCCUCAGUUAUCACGCACGCGAGCGCACACACAGAGCCUGUCACAGUAACUAACUAUGCAGGACUGAUAUGGAGUUUCUGUCUUACUCUUCCUUCUUCAUCAUGUGUCUUGCCAUUUCAAGGGCGUCCACUGCCACAAACCUAGGGUCCUGUCUCAAUUCAUUCAAGCAUCAAGACACACUUUUGGAUAUUUUUACCCUCCAACCGAAGAGAACUGAACCAACUACCCCAAUUGCAUUUGGGUCGGUAAAAAUGUUAUGUUAUAGAUUAAACUUAGACAGGAAAAAUGCCAAUCUAAAUUAGAUGGAAUAUUAACUUCGAACACACUGAAAAGUCAAUUUGGAUAAGCCCGUGAUGCCCGGCUCGAGCUCGACUGUUAGCUACAUCUAGCACGAACUGGACAGACAGUGUGAGUGGAGUGCAAGAUGGAUCAACUUGAAUCGAACCAUUAUAUAGUUUCCUUUCUUCCCCUGAAAUGACAACUUAUUCAUUUGGUAGGACCAAAUUGAAAAAAUAAUUAAAUUUUGAGGACCAAACACAAACUUUUACACUCUCCUUUCGCCGUCUCUGCUUACCGUUCCUGCUCUGUCUGUCUUGCGAGGACUCCCCCUUCUGCGCAAAUGGUAUGUCCUGUCGCCAUGUCGACUCCGGAAUCGAGCUCUGAUCUUCACUGAAUUGGACUUCCAGUUCCUCUCUCUUCUUCGGUUCGAGCAUCCUCUCGGCGUAUUUCCCCUCUUUUCCAGCUCUCUUGGCGAACUUUGUUGUCUGGAAACACCUGCAAAGCGAUCACAUCUAGAAAGUUACAGUCAUGGAGAAGCUCAGUGAUGACAUCCUUGUCGAAAUUCUUACGAGGAUACCGGCAACUUCAGUGACUCGACUAAAGUUAACGAACAAGAAAUGGUGUGCUUUGAUUUCUCAUCCGCUGUUUGUCAAAGCGCACGGGGAGCGUCUGAGGACUGACAUGAGAGCUGCCUGUCUGAAGGUCCUUAAAAUCGACCGCUUAUGUUUUCAGAGAACUGUGAGUGCCAGUCGUCCUCAGUCUCUCAGUUUCGAAGUGUUCGAGGGGGUUAGUGUUGAUAAGGCAAUGAACAGUCUUCACGACCCAAUCAGCCGUUUCCCACCGAUAAAGAUUCAGGUGGCAGGAUCAUGUGAUGGCUUAAUAUGUUUCACUCAGCUUUCCUGUCUGCAUCAUAUCAUAUCUCUGUGGAAUCCAUCUACGAAGGAGGUCAGGAAUUUGCCAAAUGACCCGAAUGGACCUAACCUUGGGUUCAGUCAGUGGUUGUCCUUUGGACUUGGCAUUGGCUAUGAUUGUCAAACUGGUGACUAUAAGGUCGUAAGGGCUGUUUGUUCUCGAAAUGAGCAAUGUGUUAAGCAAAUUGUAGUUGAUGUUUUUAUGCUCAAAACUAAUGCCUGGAGGAGAAUUCAUGAUAAUCCCAGGGGUAAGCUUUCCUGUGAUUCAUUUUACUUGAAUGGGGCUGUGCAUUGGUUCAUGAGGUCCAGAACUGAAGCAGAAGAUUCAUGUGCCAUUGUUUCGUUUGACUUGGCUACAGAAAAAUUUCGAGAACUGCCGAUGCCAGAAACCAAUGCUAACACUGAGUUCCAAGGAAUAGGGAUUAUUGAUGGGCGGUUGGUUGUAUAUACGGGUUACUGGAAGUGGAGUGGCAUUUUUGAGGGAUGGUCGAUGAAGGAGUACGGUGUGAAGACAUCAUGGGCUAAGCUUUUCAGUAUCUCGGGAGAAAUAUUUCCUGCCCCAGCAAAACGCGUGCAAGUGCUGUCUCUUAGGAAUGGCAAGAUCCUCCUAGGUCUUGACAGGAAUGAGAUAGUCCUGUAUGAUAUAGCCGAUGGGAGUUUUCAAUUCUUGCUUGAUAUUGGCUGGUCUGGUUUUCGGUACGAAUUCAUUGUUUAUGUGGAAAGUUUCAUCUCGCCUUACUCUGGCCAGGGAACGAGUGGAUGAAAUACUCUGAGGUGAAGAAGGAAGAGCACCUCUGCUAUGUCCCUGUCCGAGUACAAAGAUAAAUGUGCAUCUGUUCUUAGUUUCGGGUUGCUUUAUGUUGAUCAUACCUGAAGUUUAUAGUUGUACCUAAGUUAGUAAAUGUACUUAUCGAGUAAAUACGUAAUUAAGGUUUCUGUCCAAUGUAUAGACCAUACGACUAGUUUGAUACAAAGAUGUGAAGGUAAUCCAUGUGGUUUGCAGCAUUUACACUUGA